AUGGAUAAAUGGUUGAUGAAUAAGCGAACAUUUGAAACCACUGAAGAUGAACCUUCAACUUCGAAUUUAAAUAUAAAACGGAAAAAAGUGACGAGAAAGUAUGAUUCAGAAUACCUGAAAAUUGGUUUUUCUUGGAAUGAAGAUAUUGAUGAUCCACGACCACAGUGUAUUAUUUGUUAUGAAAUGCUUGCAAACGAGAGUAUGCGUCCUAAUAAAUUACGUCGACAUAUUGAGACCAAGCAUUUUGAUCUAAAAGAUCAGCCACUCUCUUAUUUUGAAACAAAGCUGAAAGAACUAAAAACGUCCAAAACAAAAAUUAUGCAGUUUACCAAGGUCAAUGAAAAAGCUAUGCACGCUUCGUACCUGAUAAGUUUACGAAUCGCAAAAGCUGGUAAACCGCACACAAUCGGAGAGAAUUUAGUGUUGCCAGCGAUAAAAGAUGCAGUUGGAGUAAUGUUUGGCGACAAGAGUUCUAAAGACGUUGAAAUGAUACCACUAUCAAAUGAUACAGUUGAACAUGAAUCUACCGAUGUUCAAGGUUUAUGCCAGCUGCUUGUAUUCAUACGUUAUAUAUGGAACAAUGGACCUCAUGAAGAUAUGCUGUUUUGUGAACCAAUUAUUCGAGGUACUAGCGAAGAAAUCUUCAACACCCUUGAUUCUUAUGUCAAUAAAAAAGGUCUUGAUUGGGUGAAAUGUGUCGGAUUAUGCACGGACGGUGCUAGAGCUAUGUGUGGUAAAAAUAGUAGUGUUGUAACUCGAAUGCUUGAAGUUAGUCCGAAUGCAUUGUGGACUCACUGCAAUAUACACAGAGAAGUUUUAGUAUCAAAACACAUGCCGGAUAACUUAAAAAACGUUUUGAACACUUCUGUGAAAAUAGUCAACUUCAUUAAGACAAGGCCAUUGCAAUCACGCUUGUUUGAAAAGUUGUGCGAGGAGAUGGGAAAUUCUCAUAGAUCACUUCUUUUACACACUGAGGUACGUUGGCUGUCAAGAGGGAAAGUAUUAACACGACUUGUGGAACUCCGUGAAGAAGUUGCAUUGUUUCUAAAAGAAAAAACUGAUUUGGCACAAUUUUUGUACAAUGAAGAAUUUAUUCUGAAGCUCACGUAUUUAGCUGAUAUAUUUUCGAAACUUAACGAACUAAAUUUAUAUUUACAAGGAACACAAGGAGCCGAUAUUUUCGCGGUUCAUGACAAAAUUAAAGGUUUUAUGAAAAAACUUACUUUAUGGCAAAGCAACAUUGAAAAGCAAAAUUAUGAUUGCUUUGAAACAUUUCAAACUUUCAUAACUGAAAAUGAUAUAAAAGUAGCUGAUGACAUAAUUAGCCAUAUCAGUUUGCAUUUAAUUUCGUUGAAAGAUAAUUUUAAUUUUUACUUUCUUGAAGAAAUGAAAAAAUAUGAACAAAAUAGCUGGGUUGUGAAUCCGUUUCAGAAAUCUAUAUCCACUGGGAUAUCGACAAAAGCCGACGAAGAACUCAUAGAUUUAUCAGAAAAUUCAUCUUUAAAACUUCAAUUUAGCCGCAAUAAUGUGAUUCAGUUUUGGCUGUCGUCUCAACAAAUAUUUCCAAUUCUUUCAACUGAAGCUAUAAAAAUAUUACUCCCUUUCUCAUCUUCAUACAUGUGUGAAGUUGGAUUUUCGGCAAUGGUGGGCAUCAAAAACAAACAUCGAAACAAGCUAAAAUUAUCGAACUCCUUGCGUUUGAAAAUAACUAAAAUUGACGUCGAUGUCAUUGCUGUUAUUAACCAUAAUAGAAAACAAGCACACACAUCGCAUACACCUCAUUAUUAA